CCGCUCCAAUCCAUCGCCUCUGUUUCUACAUCUCCAGCCCGACCAAUCUUUUCUCACCUUGGAAGAAGAAGCAGCAGCCGCCGCCGCAUCAAUGGCCCCCAAGGCUGCCGAGAAGAAGCCGGUGGAGAAGACCCCAGCAGGCAAGAAGCCCAAGGCGGAGAAGAAGGUGCCGGCGUCCAAGGAGGGCGGCGACAAGAAGGGGAAGAAGAAGUCCAAGAAGAGCGUGGAGACGUACAAGAUCUACAUCUUCAAGGUGCUCAAGCAGGUGCACCCGGACAUCGGCAUCUCCUCCAAGGCCAUGUCCAUCAUGAACUCCUUCAUCAACGACAUUUUUGAGAAGCUCGCCGGCGAAUCCGCCAAGCUCGCGAGGUACAACAAGAAGCCCACCAUCACGUCCCGGGAGAUCCAGACCUCCGUCCGCCUCGUCCUCCCCGGCGAGCUCGCCAAGCACGCUGUCUCCGAGGGCACCAAGGCCGUCACUAAGUUCACCUCGUCCUAGGCUCCUCGUGUGUUAGUUCUUGUGUUUCUUUCCUCUUCGUAGUCUGAUGAAUUCUGUAGCUAGCUGUGUGUGUGUUCUGACAGUGCCAUCCUGUAACAAUGGUGCUGCCUGAAUAAAUAGUCACGUUGCUGCUUGGA